AUGUCCAAGGAGUCGUCCAGCGACAUCAAGGCGCCGAUUUUUAUCGCGCCGGGAACGUACCCCGACCCACCACCGGGCAUGGUUGCCGUCCCUGUCGCGGCGCUCUCUGGCCGCCAACAGAACCAGAUGCAGCAGGCGGGUCAACAGAUCGGUGUCGUCGGUGGCUUGGUUGCUGGCGGCGGCGGGGAUAUGAUUACAGGCGCCGUCGUGGGCGGCUACGCCGGCCAGCAAAUUGGGCGCAUGCAACGGCAGGCGGCGAUGCACGAUCCCACCGCGCCUAUGGUGUUCGUUGACGUGAACUCGCGCGUUGGGCGCCGGGCGGUCCGACGUCGCGCGCGUCGGUAUGGAGAUGAUGGCGAGCGUGACCGUAUGGGGUGGCUCAAGGGCUUGUUCGGCAAAAAGGAAUAG